CGAGCCGAGCACCACCUCGGGGCGGCACUUGCAGUUGAAACCGCGCUGAACACUCGCUGGGCCAACUUUUUAAGACUGUCACGUUAACACCUCCACGUCCUUCAUGACCUAGGAGUCCGGCGUUUGCUGCGAACUGCCGAAAGUGGGGAGGCGGGGGCGGGGAGGACAGUCUGACAUAAACGCCACUAUGCGAAGUUCAAAAGUAACCCUGGAAGUUUCAAUUAUUAUUAAAGCCAGACAGAGGGAGAAAGGCAAACAAGUGGCUUGGCACCUGUGCCCGGGCACGGUGAGGCUCUCUGCUUGUGGGCGCCGGAGGAAAAGCGCAGGAGGACGAGCUCGGUAGAGACCCACGGGUGGGGAGGGGGCGCUCGUGGCCGAGCACAGCUGACUGAGCGCUCAGCGCGCUGCUUCCCGCUGCUCCCCGGGAGCAUAAUGGGUUGGGUAAGGAACAGUUAAUCAGAAAAUGUGCCCUGCUAACUGCGCGCAUUAGAACAAAGCCCUGGCAGCUCCUGGAGGAAAAGGGCUUGUGCUGCUGCCGUUCAAACUUGUCAGUCAACUGGUGCCAGCAGCCUCAGCGUCUGCCUCCCCAGCACGCCCUCAUUACAUGUGUCCGCCCGGCCCGAGCCGUGCGGCGGCGGAGAGGCGCUCCUGACAGGCAGGAGUUUCUCCCUUUCUCCCUGGUUCAAAGCGCGGAUUUCUCCCGGCUUCUCCGCUGCCACCCCCGCUGCUCUCCCCAAGGAGGCUCCCUGAUUUAUGGUAGCUUUGGGCUUCCUGCUGCGCCUGCCUGUCCCUGACUUCUAGAAUGGAAGAAGCUGAGCUGCUGAAGGGAAGACUCCAAGCCAUCACAGACAAAAGAAAAAUACAGGAAGAAAUCUCACAGAAACGACUGAAAAUAGAAGAAGAAAAACUAAAACACCAACACUUGAAGAAAAAAGCCUUGAGGGAGAAAUGGCUUCUGGAUGGGAUCAGCACCGGAAAAGAACAGGAAGAGAUGAAGAAGCAAAAUCAACAAGACCAGCACCAGAUCCAGGUUCUGGAGCAAAGUAUACACAGGCUUGAGAAAGAGAUCCAAGAUCUUGAAAAAGCCGAACUGCAAAUCUCAACCAAUGAAGAAGCAAUUUUAAAGAAACUAAAGUCAAUUGAGAAGACAACAGAAGAUAUCAUAAGAUCUGUGAAGAUAGAAAAGGAAGAAACAUCAAGAGAAUCAAUUGAGGACAUCUAUGCUAAUAUUCCUGAUCUUCCAAAGUCUUACAUACCUUCCAGAUUAAGGAAGGAAAAAAAUGAAGGACUAGAAGAUGAUGAACAAAAUAGAAAAGCGUUAUAUGCCAUGGAAAUUAAAGUCGAAAAGGACUUGAAGACUGGGGAAAGUACAGUUCUGUCUUCAAUACCUCUCCCGUCGGAAGACUUCAAAGGUACGGGAAUCAAAGUUUAUGACGAUGGACAAAAGUCAGUGUACGCAGUGAGCUCCGAUCACAGUCCACCCCACAACGGCACUGACGGCCUGGCACCAGUCGAGGUGGAGGAACUGCUAAGACAAGCGUCAGAGAGAAGCUCUAAGUCUCCGACAGAAUAUCAUGAGCCUGUGUACGCCAACCCAUUUUGCAGACCCACAGCUCCACAGAGAGAAAAGACAGCACCCGGACCAAACUUCCAAGAAAGGAUAAAGGGGAAAGCCAAUGGACUGAGCGAUGACAUCAACGACUCCGUACUCAGGAUGGACAAUGGACUCUCAGAACAAAGAAGCAACAGCUUCCACCACAUCAGUCCCAUUCAGCCAGCACCUCACCCCCGCUCGAUGACUCCACAAGCAGAAGAGAGGUCCCACACCCGACAGAAGAUGUUGGUGACUCCUUGGGAAGAAUCCAAUGCCCUUCAGGACAAAUACGCAACUUCUCCAAAAGCUAGACUGAGCCCCAGCAAAGCCCCACUGGGGAAGUCGGAUCCCCACUGCUCUUCACCCACCAGCCAAGAGGACGAGGAAGAUGUUAGGUAUAAUAUCGUCCAUUCAUUGCCUUCUGACAUGGAUAACUCAGAGCCUGUGACCAUGAUUUUCAUGGGGUAUCAGCAGGCAGAGGACAACGAGGAAGACAGAAAACUUCUGACAGGGUACGAUGGGAUCAUCCACGCCGAGCUAGUGGUGAUUGAUGACGAGACAGAGGAGGAGGACGGAGAAGCUGAACGGCUGUCCUACCACCCCGUGGCUCCCUGGCGCCAGGUUUACCAGCCGCCCAAACCCACCCCACUUCCUAGAAAAAGACCCGAAGCGAGUCCGCAUGAAAACGCAAACCACAAAUCCCCCCACAAAAAUUCCAUCUCUCUGAAGGAACAAGAAGAAAGCUUAGGUGGCCCCGCCCACAGUUCUCCAAUCGAUGUCCCCACGGUUGGAGAUGGGACUGAGGAUCCGUCUUUAACAGCUCUAAGGAUGAGGAUGGCAAAGCUGGGGAAAAAGGUGAUCUGAGGGCUGUGUUACCCAUGCAAACAUUCUUUGGAGAAGAAACUAAAGAACAUCUGCAAAUUUCUCUGCUGGAUAUUUUUGUCUCUUUUUCCUGGAACCUAAGAAAUUCUAAUUACACCCAUAUUAAGCCGUGUAAAUAAGUAGUAGUUGUUAUUUGUGAAAAAUUCCAAAAACUGGGAAAACCAAAUACUAAACCUUUCCAUGUAUUUGAUAUGAUUCAUUGGAGGGAAAAACCAGCAUAUUUUUACUGUAUUGAUACCAAAGCAUUUCUAAUAAGAGCUUGUUACAUUUAAGAAUAAAGUUAUUUAAAAUAAUCUGA